GAUGAGCAGUCGGUGGUCUUUCACCAACGAGCAUGGAGGCUGCGAGGGUCCUAAAGGAAGGAAGAAGUUAACUCAAAUGUAAUAUUGUCCCAAACCCAUAGGGCAGAGCAUUGAAUUUUGACGCCUGUAAAUUAUGCAUCUGCGUGUUAACCGGCGAGCCCGGGUGCGGGAGCGCAUUACACGCACGUCGGGGUGGCUCCCAGAGGCAGGUCCGCGCGGACGCCCCCUCCGCGUGCUGGGCAGGAGACUCCCAACUCCGCCCCCGGCCCCGCCCCGCCCGCCCUUUGUCCACUUUGCUGGGGUUCUGAAGUCCGUUCUGGACAGUGCAACCAUGGAGGCGGCGAGCAGCGGGGCAGCCUACUUCAAGAGAGGCAAUCUCUUGUCGCUGGUAGUCAUUGCGGUGUCCUUCAGUUACUAUACGUGGGUUGUCUUCUGGCCUCAGAGCAUCCCCUAUCAGAAACUUGGACCUCUUGGGCAUUUUACUCAGUAUUUGGUGGAUAAUCAUCUUGUACUCAUGCGUAAUGGAUAUUGGCUUGCUUGGUUGAUUCAUGUGGGAGAAUCUAUAUAUGCUAUGAUACUGUGCAAUCAAAAAGGUAUCACAAAUGGCCGGGCUCAACUUCUAUGGUUGCUACAAACAUUCUUUUUUGGGAUUGCUUCUCUCUCUAUUUUACUUGUAUAUAAACCUUACCAUCACAAAAAAAAGUAAAGAAGAAAUUAAAUGAUUUUUUUGCACAUUGUAUAAUCAUUGCAACUUUGUCUAAAACUUUUUUUUAAUUAGUGUUUUCUUCAUCGUUUUAGAAAAUGUCUAUACUGUGAAUAGAUUUGAUUCCUUUUCCUGAUCUUAAAAUUUUUGCAUAUAAUUGAUGAUUUUCAUCAUCUCUGAGCAGAGGCUGCCUAAUGUAGCUCAAAAAUUUAUUGAAUACCUGUAGUAUACAAGGUACAAUAUGAAUUAAGACAUGUUUAGAGCACAGGCCCUCGAGUCAGGAGCACCUGACUUCAAGUCCAGCUUCAGACACUUGACGCUUACCUUGCUGUAUGACCCUAAGCAAGUCAUCUAACUCUGUUUGCUUAAGUUUCCAUAUUUGUAAAUAGAAAAUUUUGAUUAUAUCAAAUUGAAAAGCUUUUGUGCAAACAAAACUAAUGCAGACAAGAUUAGAAGGGAAGCAAUAAACUGGGAAAACAUUUUUAUAGUCAAAGGUUCUGAUAAAGGACUCAUUUCCAAAAUAUAUAGAGAAUUGACUCUAAUUUAUAAGAAAUUAAGCCAUUCUCCAAUUGAUAAAUGGUCAAAGGAUAUGAACAAUUUUCAGGUGAUGAAAUUGAAACUAUUUCUAGACAUAUGAAAAUAUGCUCCAAAUCAUUAUUAAUCAGAGAAAUGGAAAUUAAGACAAUGCUGAGAUACCACUACACACCUGUCAGAUUGGCUAGAAUGACAGGAAAAGAUAAUGCUGAAUGUUGGAGGGGAUGUGGGAAAACUAGGACACUGAUACAUUGUUGGUAGAAUUGUGAAUACAUCCAGCCCUUCUGGAUAGCGAUUUGGAACUAUGCUCAAAAAGUUAUCAAACUGUGCAUACCCUUUGACCCAGCAGUGUUACUACUGAGCUUAUAUCCUUAAGAGAUACUAAAGAAGGGACCUGUAUGUGCAAAUAUGUUUGUGGCAGCCCUGUUUGUAGUGGCCAGAAACUGGAAACUGAGUGGAUGCCCAUCAAUUGGAGAAUGGCUGAAUAAAUUGUGGUAUAUGAAUAUUAUUGUUCUAUAAGAACUGACCAGCAGGAUGAUUUCAGAAAGGCCUGGAGAGACUUACAUGAACUGAUGCUGAGUGAAAUGAGCAGGACCAGGAGCUCAUUAUAUACUUCAACAACAAUACUAUAUGAUGAUCAAUUCUGAUUGAUGUGGCCCUCUUCAACAAUGAGGUGAACCAAAUCAGUUCCAUUUGUUCAAUAAUGAAUAGAACCAGCUAUACCCAGAGAAAGAACUCUGGGAAAUGAGUAUGAACCAUUACAUAGCAUUUCCAAUCCCUCUGUUCUUGUCUGCUUGCAUUUUUUAUUUCCUUCACAGGUUAAUUGUAUACUAUUUCAAAGUCCGAUUCUUCUUAUGCAGCAAAAUAACUGUAUGGAUAUGUAUACAUAUAUUGUAAAUGCUGAAAAAUUAUUCAUAUAUCUUAUAAAUAAAAAGCUAUAAUUAAAAAAACAAAACAACAACAAAAACUAAGUUUCCAUAUGUGUAAAUAAGCUGGACAAUGGUAAAUUGUUCUAGCAUCUUUGCCAAGAAGACUUCUACAAGGAUCACAAGGAGUGGGAUACAACUAAUCUACUAAAGAGCAACUUCCUUCAGGAUUUGUAUAGUUUAAUAGAAGAGAGAAGAUACAUAUGAAAGUGAAUAAAUACUCUGAGCCUGUAAAAUGAAGGGGAUAUACAUAAUGAGAUAUAUAUAUAUAUAUAUAUAUAUAUACACACACACACACACAUAUAUAUAUAUAUUUUAAAUUCUCAACUUUACAAACAUCAAAUGAGUAUUUCCAUAUACAUUGUGAAACAAAAGGGGAACAUCCUAUAUGAAAUUGUGAAUUGAUUAUGUAGAUUUUGUUUUUCUCUUUAAACAUGUAAUAAAUUCAAAAUAUAAUUUCAAAGUA